AUGUUGGAAGGUAUAAGUAAUGAUUCAAAGGCUUCGCAAGAAGUUCGUGCUCGUGCAAAAAAACUUCUCCAAAAAAAAGAAGGCUUAUGCACCUCUCAUCGACUACGCCUUGAUAAGAGUGGGCUCUGCUUCUCUGUGAAUAGCUCUUGGCUUCGUCCAGACUAUUUACACCCCUUAUUGACUACGCCUUGA